UAAAAUUUAACGUGGCUUCGAAUCAAGAUCCAGUGGCCAAUAAUUUCGUAAUGUUAUUUCUCAAGGGCAUUGAUGAUCUCUGCGAAAUUACUGGUUUGGAUGAGUUCGUAAUUUGAUCGCGACCGGUGAUGGCGAGUGGAGCCAUACAUUUGGAAUUGUUCGGGUGAUUACUUUCAGGCUUCGGCCUUUGCAAGCGCUACGCAUCGAAAUUGGAAUUGGAUCGCCUAAUUCGACAGAUGUGGUGAUUCGAACUUUGUACCCUCAAUAUGCUGAUACCCAAUAUAUGUUCUUACUUUGAGAUAAUCGCAUCGAAAAUCGGAAUUGCAUCAAGAAUGAACGGAAGAAAUCGGGAAUUAAGCGAUCACAGAACUCGAAAAGAAUCAGCGGCGGAGGAAGUGAAUUUCGUAACGGAUCAAAUUUGGUGCAAUCGCGAUUUGAGAGGUUGCAGCAGAGAGGGGAUUCAUGGAGACUGGAGAAACAACGUGGGUUUGGGGCUGGAAGAGUGGAACAUGCAGAAAUUGCUUCUCUCGAACAGAGCCAAUUCUAGCUAAGUUCUUCUUUCCAAUACUUCCAAAUUUCUGAUGCAGCUUUGCCAAGUGAAUCCAAGUUAACUUAUAGUUUCAUGUUGUUUAGUGAUCAUUUCUUCUAAUGUAAGGGACAUGAACUAUUUAUUAUUCCAGCCCUCUCUUUGAUUCACUUUUCAUGACAUGUUUUGCCUGUCAAUACCCACGUCGAUGCAAAUCUGUUACGUGUACACCAAUUAUUUGAUUCACCAUUCAUUUCCAGUGGCAUAAACGUUAAUUUUGGAGAAUCUUGAUGUCAAAUUCAUGAUGGAUCAUGCUAUUCUGAAGGGAUUGCUCCAAGAUUAUGUGCAGUCAUUGUUUGACGAGAAGAUCGUUGACGAGAGAUUCUCGCAGAUUCUAAUAAAAUUUGAAGAGUCUGAUCGUGUUAUUCAUUUGAUCAACAUAUAUCUAAAUGACGUCGAAUCCAACUUAUGUGAACUUACCAACUACAUGGAUUCUAUCAACGUCAAUUUCUCUAAGUUGAGCAUAUUGGCUCACAACAUAGAGGAGAAAAGCACACGGAUUGGCGCACGACAUGUGAGGCUAGCAUCCAUCCAUCUCAUUGAGGCUUGUGACCAAGAGGACCAGAAAAUUGUCUCCCAAGCUCUUAGUUGGAUGCAGCAUGAAUUCGCGAUUACUCGAAACAAGCUUCAGCCAGUUCUUCAGAUGGAACAGAGGAUUAUGAGACUCGUGAACAACCAAAAGUAGAUGGAUUUUGUUUGGUUUUGAUUCAAUUUAGAUCUCAUGUUUUGCUUAGUCAAGAUGUUGAGAGUGGUAUUGAGGAGUCAUUGGUUUUUUUUUUUUCCUUUUUACUUUGCAAAAAAAAAGAAAAGGAAAAAAAUUGGUGUUCAUAUUUUUAUUUGUAAAAAUUUGGAAAAGUGAAUGAAGUUGAACUAAAUGCUAUCCAUUCGAAAUCUUAAAGUGGUUAUGAUUUGAUUA